UGUCUAAGUACGGGUUUCAUUUUCAUCGAUUUUCCUUAUGCGACCAAAGCAAAGAUAGAGAAGGAAAGCAAAAGGCAUGGCAGUGAAGGGCACCGCCACAACGACACCUUCUUCAUCCGUUUGCUCUGUUCCCACUCUCUUCUUCGCAUUCACUCUCCUCUGCGCUCUCUCUCUUUCUCUCUUCUUCCUCUCCAAUCCUUCUCCUUCUUCCUCUCCUUCUCCUUCUUCCUCAUCUUUCAUUUCCCUAAACGCCCCUCUCUCUCCCCAAAAUUCCCUCAAAGUCUACCUAGCAGACCUCCCCAGAUCCCUCAACUAUGGCCUCCUCGAAAAGUACUGGGCUUCCGGCCCCGAUUCCCGCCUCCAAACGGACACCGACCACCAAAUCCCAGACUCCCAUUUGCCCAAAAACCUUGAAUUUCCACCCUAUCCAGAUAAUCCAUUGAUUAAACAGUACAGCGCCGAGUACUGGAUUUUGGGGGACCUGAUGACCCCUCCGGAGCACAGAACUGGGUCGUUUGCCUCCCGGGUUUUCGAUGCCGACGAAGCCGACGUUGUUUUCGUCCCCUUUUUCGCGACCUUGAGCGCAGAAUUGCAGCUGGCUACGGCUAAAGGGGUGUUUAGGAAGAAGGCUGGGAAUGAGGACUAUGAGAGGCAGAGGCAAGUGGUGGACUUUGUGAAGAACACUGAGGCUUGGAAAAGGUCAGGUGGAAGAGACCAUGUGUUUGUGCUUACUGACCCAGUGGCAAUGUGGCACGUUCGAGCAGAGAUAGCCCCGGCGGUCCUUCUCGUUGUAGAUUUUGGAGGGUGGUACACACUCGAAUCCAGGUCAUCAAACGGUAACUCAUCAGAUGUGAUUCAGCACACACAAGUGUCACUACUCAAAGAUGUCAUUGUGCCCUACACCCAUCUACUUCCCCGAUUGCAACUGACAGAAAAUAAGAAGCGUCAAACGCUACUUUACUUUAAAGGAGCUAAACAUAGGCACCGGGGAGGCUUAGUUCGAGAAACAUUGUGGGACUUGUUGGUUAAUGAGCCAGAUGUUAUCAUGGAAGAAGGCUUCCCUAACGCCACUGGGAGGGAACAGUCCAUAAAAGGGAUGAGAACUUCAGAGUUUUGCUUGCAUCCAGCUGGGGACACUCCCACUUCAUGUCGGCUGUUCGAUGCAAUGCAAAGUCUCUGUAUACCCGUUAUUGUCAGUGACAACAUAGAACUUCCUUUCGAAGGGAUGGUAGAUUAUUCAGAGUUUUCUGUUUUUGUGGCAGUCGAUGAUGCGUUGAAACCGAACUGGAUUGUGAGCCAUCUUAGGACCUUUACUAGAGAGCAGAGGGAUAGAUUUCGUCGAACAAUGGCACAGUUUCAGCCCAUGUUUGAGUAUGACAAUGGUCAUCCUGGUGGCAUCGGGCCAAUUCCUCCCGACGGUGCAGUGAACCACAUGUGGAAGAUGGUUCAUCAAAAGUUGCCAAUGAUCAAGGAAUCAAUCGUUCGUGAAAGGAGAAAACCUCCCGGUGUUUCAGUUCCACGCCGUUGCCACUGUACGUGACUUUUACAGGCCUAUACUUAUACAUAAUUGUAUCUCUUGUUGUGCAAUAGCCUCUGUCAUAAUUUUUUCUUUUUAUUCUUUGUGAGAACGGUAAUUGGUUACAAAUUUAUUCACACACAAAUUAUAUUCCUUUCGUUC